UCCCUCCCUCGCUGUGAAGAUGGCGCUGUCCAGGGUGUGCUGGGCUCGCGCUGCUCUGUGGGGUUCGGCCGUCGCCCCCGGACCCUUUGUCACCCGGAGGCUGCAGCUGGGUCGCUCUGGCCCCGCGUGGCGAGCCCCUCGGUCUUCAAAGCUCCACCUUUCCCCAAAGGCAGACGCGAAGGACUUGAUUUCUUACGUGGUGGCCAAGACAAGAGGCAUCAGUGGAACGUACCACCGUUUCCUGGGUCGUCAUUUUCCCCGCUUCUACGCCUUGUACACGGUCUUCAUGAAAGGAAUACAGAUGUUAUGGGCUGAUGCCAAACAGGCUAGAAGAAUAAAGAGAGAUAUGCGGAAGCGUAAUGUAAAGUUCCAUCAACUUUCUUACCGGGACAUGGAGCACUUGAGACAGUUCCGUCGGGAUGUGACCAAGUGUCUGUUCAUAGGUGUUGUCUCCAUACCCCCCUUUGCCAACUACGUGGUCUUCCUGCUAAUGUACCUGUUUCCUAGGCAACUGCUUGUCAAGCACUUCUGGAGCCCGAAACAACAAGUUGACUUCCUAGACAUUUAUCACAGUCUCCGGAAGCGUUCCCACUCGGAUGUCAUCACUCACUUAGGAAGGGUCAGCGCCAUUGUUUCUGAUGAGAGGCUUCGGUGGCAUCUGACAGACCUGUGCACCAAGGUGCAGAAUGGUACCCACCCAGUGGCGCACGACGUCCUGCCUCUCAGAGAGUGCUUCUCUACCCAUCCCCUGGGCUUGAGUCACCUCCAGGCUCCUCAAAUGAAAGCUCUGAGCCGGGCUGUGCUCCUUACACCAUACCUGCCUCCUCCCUUGCUGAGAUGGCGUUUGAAGAAUCAUGCCACUGUGAUUCACCAGCUGGACAGGGCUCUGGCAAAGCUGGGGAUUGGCCAGUUGACUGCUCAGGAAGUGAAAUCGGCUUGCUAUCUUCGUGGCUUGAAUUCUACCCAUAUCGCUGAAGACAGGUGUCGGACCUGGCUAGGAGAGUGGCUGCAGAUAUCCUGCAGCCUGAAAGAAGCCGAGCUGUCCCUCUUGCUGCACAACGUGGUCCUGCUCUCCACCAACUACCUUGAGCCCAGGCGCUGAGAGAACAUGCAGAGCAAGACCCUGUCCUGCAGUCGCAGACAGCAGUGUGGGACCAAACAGCACUUGUCAGCACUCCGUGUGCACUGUUUGUAUGGGACGCAGAGGAGCACGCCACCCACC